AUGGUAGAAAGUGCCGCAAUUCGUGAUAUUACAGAGGCUUCAGUUUACGAUGAAUACGCACUUCCAAAAUUAUACAUAAAAGUACAUUAUUGUGUUUCUUGUGCCAUCCAUUCUCACAUAGUCAGAGUUAGAUCUCGUGAAGGCCGUCGUAAUCGUGCUCCUCCACCAAGAAUUCGUUAUAAUAAGGACGGGAAAAAGAUUAAUCCUACUGUUCAACAAAAAAAUGCUGCCUAA